AUCUGCACCAACACGGUGUUUGCUGGCUUUACUUAUUAUGGGAUGCACAAGUUCCAAAUUCUCGGUUGUCAAGGCUGUGGAGCCCAGCAGAUUGGUUGAAGGAAAUGAGAAUAAUGCUUUGGAGAGUGAUGUUUCGGAGGCGUUGCCCCGCGGAGAAUCGGCAGCGUCUAAGCAUACUACAGACAGCGGGUUAGGUCUGGAUGCCGGGCCCAGGACAAUGUCCCCAUUAAGGGGCCCUAGUUCCAUGUUCACCAAGGAGGACAGAGAGAGACCAAAGGCCCAUGAGAUCCUGGAGCAGCUGCAGAAGCAGGGACUCAUCCCAGCAAAUCACAGUCAGGGGGAGUGGGGGGUGGCCUACAGCGUGAUGAUGGACGGCCCAGGGCAGCACCUACGGCGGCCGCCCCUACGUUUAGAGACUCUGAGGAACAGGGCUGGGAAGCUCAUCACCAAGGACGACAUCGAGGCCAGGAUGAGGAGAGCAGAGGAGAAACGUAAGGCCCAGGAGGCGUCGCUAAGGAGCAAGCUCAGGAACAUGUCUACACUGUGUUGUGGCAUGAGCCGGCCUGAGGACGAAGACCAUCUGGAAUUGGAUGGAGAGCCCAGUACAGGAUCUGGACACACUUCCCCAAAAGUCUGGCAUGACCAGGACUCCCAGUAGGCCUGAUAGAAAGGACGUUUCACAUGCAAGGACAAGGACGACAGAGCUGGGGAGAA